AGAAAACUUGACCGGUGCGAUCGACAGCGGAACGACUCGGCUAAAAGGCUUAGGUGAGGGUCAUGGUGAGGGUCUGAAAAGAGAAAAAGGAAAUAAGGGUUUCCUUCCUCAUUUUCCUUUUAUUUUAUUCUCUGUCCGACUGUGCACAGAUCUCCUUCUCCCUCUCCCUAUAAGUUGAGAGCUCCUCUGAUCCGAUUUACAGAAGUUUUAGGGUUUGAGUUCAUCGGUUGAUAAACACAGAAGAUAAAAUGGUGAGAGGAUUACUUAGUAAACUCGUUUGUCGAUCUCUUUCAGUUGGGGGUAAAUCUCAACAACAACAGAUUCGUCGUCUCAAUAUCCAUGAAUAUCAGGGAGCAGAGUUGAUGAGUAAACAUGGAAUUAAUGUACCAAAGGGAGUCGCUGUUUCAUCUGUCGAAGAAGUUCGUAAAGCCAUCAGUGAUGUUUUCCCCAAGGAAAACGAGUUGGUUGUUAAAAGUCAAAUUCUAGCUGGUGGUCGAGGUUUGGGAACAUUUAAGAGUGGUCUUAAAGGUGGAGUUCACAUUGUGAAGACAAAUGAGGCUGAGGAUAUAGCUGGGAAGAUGCUUGGACAAGUUCUCGUCACUAAGCAAACUGGUGCACAAGGAAAAACCGUGAGCAAGGUUUAUUUGUGUGAAAAGAUGUCUCUAGUCAACGAGAUGUACUUCGCCAUCACUCUUGACAGGACAACUGCUGGUCCACUUAUUAUUGCCUGUAGCAAGGGAGGGACCAGCAUUGAAGACCUUGCUGAGAAAUUCCCUGAUAUGAUAAUCAAGGUGCCCAUUGAUGUCUUCAAAGGAAUAACUGAUGAAGAUGCUGCUAAAGUUGUUGAUGGCUUGGCCCCCAAGGUUGCAGAUAAGGCGGCUUCAAUGGAACAAGUGAAGAAGCUCUACGAGCUUUUUUGCAAAAGUGACUGCACCAUGCUGGAGAUCAACCCCAUUGCUGAGACUUCUGAUAACAAAUUGGUAGCAGCUGAUGCUAAGUUGAACUUCGAUGAUAAUGCUGCUUUCCGCCAGAAAGAGAUCUUUGCUCUUCGUGAUACAACCCAAGAGGACCCUCGAGAGGUGGCUGCUGACAAAGCCGAUUUGAACUACAUUGGCUUAGAUGGGGAAAUUGGGUGCAUGGUUAAUGGUGCUGGAUUGGCAAUGUCUACCAUGGACAUAAUUAAGUUGCAUGGUGGAACUCCUGCCAAUUUCUUAGAUGUCGGUGGCAGUGCCUCAGAACAUCAGGUUGUGGAAGCAUUUAAAAUAUUGACAUCCGACGACAAGGUGAAAGCAAUCUUGGUCAACAUUUUUGGAGGAAUCAUGAAGUGUGAUGUUAUAGCAAGUGGUAUUGUCAAUGCUGCCAAAGAGGUUUCAUUGAAAGUUCCAGUUAUUGUUCGUCUUGAAGGAACUAACGUCGAUCAAGGGAAGAGAAUUUUGAAGGAGAGUGGGAUGACUCUUAUUACCGCAGAAGAUCUGGAUGAUGCAGCUGAGAAAGCAGUUAAAGCAGCAGCCAGUUAAGUGGGUCUCGUCUACUGCAGUGUUGUUAUUUCAGCUUUGAUUCUUUUCUAGGCGAUGUGUUUAUAUUGCUUUCUGUCGAGCACAUACAUAUUGUAGUCCUUUUGGUAAUGGAGGGAUCCAUUUGAAUUUUCCUAAUGACUUACAACCCGGACGGCUCCUUGAAUAAAGCUGCAUAUAUUACUUUUUCCGUGCCUUAAUUUCGGCGGGUGUUUUUUUCCUUCUUUUGUAGUAUCUAUAUUCUUGUAGUCAAAGAAAAAGUUUGCCGAU